AUGAAAUAUUCAGGUAUAUUAUCAACUAUAUGGUUGAUUACUGUAAGUUUGUGUGUGGAACUUGAUCUUGAUGAUUUAGAUUCCGUAUGUGAAGCAGCAUCUAGUGUUGUUUGGGGGGAAUUGAAUUAUUAUGAAGGUUUCAAAUAUGGUGGUACUGUUGGUAUGUUUUCAACUCCUUAUUAUUGGUGGCAUGCAGGGGAAGCUUUUGGAGGUUUAGUUGAUUAUUAUGCAUUUUGUCAAAAGGGUAAUGAUACUUUUGAAAAAUUUCUUAUUGAUGGAAUGUUCCAUCAAGCAGGAGAAGAUUAUAAUUAUAUUCCAUCAAAUCAAUCAUUAACUGAAGGUAAUGAUGAUCAAGGUGUUUGGGGUAUGGCCAUUAUGGAAGCUGCAGAAAGAAAUAUUUCUCAACCUUCGAAAGAUCACAGUUGGAUUUCUUUAACUCAAGCUGUAUAUAAUACUAUGAAUGCUAGAUGGGAUGAUGCUCAUUGUGGUGGAGGUUUAAGAUGGCAAAUUUUCACUUGGAAUUCAGGUUAUGAUUAUAAGAAUACCAUUUCAAAUGGUUUAUUAUUCCAUUUGGCUGCAAGAUUAGCUAGAUAUCUUGAUAAUGAGACUUAUGUCGAAACUGCUGAAAGAGUUUGGAAUUGGAUGCAUGAUGUCGGAUUUUAUAACAGGGAUGGUGAUGAUUUAACUAUCUUUGAUGGUGCCAAAAUUGGUGACAAUUGUUCAGAUGUGACUACAUUAAAAUGGUCUUAUUCUUAUGGGGUAUUUUUGUCAGGAUGUGCUUACUUAUAUAAUUAUACUGAAGAUGCUACUUGGAAAGAAAGAGCUCUUGAAAUCAUUCAUGUCGCUCAGAAUUAUUUUGUUGCCAGUGGUUAUAUGUCUGAAGCUACAUGUGCCCCAUCAAAUAGAUGUAACAAUGAUCAAAGAUCUUUCAGAUCCUUAUAUUCAAGAUGUCUUGGUGUAACUACGGUUUUAAUUCCUGAAACAAAAGAAGUUUUGAAUGAUUAUUUGACCAAAUCAGCUGAAGGUGCUGCUCAAUCAUGUUCUGGUGGUUCCGAUGGUGUCACUUGUGGUGAAGAUUGGAGUUAUAGUGGAUGGGAUGGUGUUUAUGGUUUAGGUGAGCAAAUGUCAGCUUUAGAAGUAAUUUUAGCCAACGUGCAAACUGAAUUCUCUGCUCCAUUAUCAGUUCAAUCUGGUGGUAAUAAUGCAUCAGAUUCUGAAGCAGGUUUAAACACUCAAGAUCAUACUAAUACCAAACAAUUAGAUAUUACAUCUAAAGAUAAAGCUGGUGCUGGUGUUUUAACUGCGGUUGUUUUAGCUAUAAUAUUAGGGGGUUCUAUCUGGAUGAUUUUAUAA